AUGUCACACAGCAAAAGAAACACCAGCCGACCGGUUUUCACCUCGCACGAGCGGCAGCUAGCCAAAGCCGCCUGGACCGCCUCCUCCGCCCGCCUCUCGCGCGAAUCCUUCCUCCCCUUCGCCUCAUGCUCGCUCUGCCUCGAAACCGCCAUCGACCCCGUCGCAUGUUUGCACGGCGACAUCUUUUGCCGCGAAUGUGCCCUGACGAACAUCUUGGCGCAAAAGAAGGAGAUCAAGCGCGCCGAGAAGCUUCGGGAACAGGAGGAGAGGGAAGAAGCUGAAGAGCAAGCGAGAAGAGAUGCCGAGGCGCAAGAGAGGGCGAUCAGGGAGUUUGAGAUGACGCAGGCUGGGUUGUCGAUUCAGAGGGCCAGUGGCAAUGAGAAGCAGGACAUCACGGUGCAAAGAAGCGACUCGACAACAGCUAGCGGAAAUGGAGACGAGAAGAGGAUAGAAGAAGGAAAGAGAGGGGAGAAGCGCAAGUUUUCUCUAGACGGAGACGAGGUCGCAAGAAUUGCCGACGAGGAGCGAGCUAAAGCAAGGAGAGCCAUUGAAGAUGAGAAGGCCUCGAAACCCAAACUCCCCUCCUUCUGGUCACCCUCCGUCACACCCUCCUCGAAUUCUAAAGACAUCCUCCACGACAUCAAAAAGAAGGUCAAAUCCCAGCCGACAUGUCCCGCCGCGCCCGAAGACAAGCCGCACUCUUACUCACUCCACACGCUCGUCACCGUCAACUUCACCGAAGAAGAGGAGGAGGACCCCGCGACCAAGACCAAGAAGAAGACAAGGAUAUGUCCCGCCUGCAAGAAGGCGCUGUCGAAUUCAUCGCGGGCAACGCUGGCGAAGCCAUGUGGUCAUGUGCUCUGCAAGAACUGCGUCGACAAGUUCAUGAAGCCUACGGGCCAUCACGAUCCGCAUGCGCCGGAUGUUGAUCCCGAUGCUAUCGUGUGCUAUGUCUGCGAUACGGAGUUGACGGAGAAGAAAGAGGAGCCGAGCAGCAGCGGUAAGAAGGAGAGGAAAGAAGGGAAGAAGGAGAAGAAGAAGGAGAAGGAGACGAUAAAGCCUGGGCUGGUGGAGCUGAGACGCGAAGGUACCGGGUUCUCGGCUGGAGGCACGAAUCAGGUUAAGAAGGACGGAGUGGGCUUCGCUUGUUAA